UUUACCACCGCCUUUGACCGCUCGACCUGCGCUACCUGUCAACACAACGCGCUCCUUCCUCAAAGAUAAUGACUUUUCUGAAUGUUUUAUUUUGUUUCCUCCUCCAGCAGAGCAGCAGCUGUUUCACCGGAGCUGAAGAGCUUGUAAAAAUGACGGAACACUAAUUACCUCUGUGGAAAGAAAAAAAAAAAAGUCGAGUUUGACGAACGAAAGUCCGGCACAGUUUGUCCCUGUUAUCAUCUGCAGCAGCAGCAGCAGCAGCAGCAGCAGCAGCAGCCGGGACUGUGGGAAUGACAUUUGUUGUCACUAACAGGAUGGAGUGUCUGUUCCAGCGAUGCCACAAAGAGGCUGCCCUCCACUCUGUCUGUCGCUCGGUGCUGCCCGUGUCAUGUGUGCUCCUGGUCCUCUGCGUGUCCAUGUAUCCUGCCCUGUGGUCCAUCGGGGUUCAGCUUCGAUCGGCCUUCACAGGGAGCUACAUACCAGGCCACCACUCUGUCCUCCUGGUCAACAGUCCCACCGAGCAGGCAGCCAGGGACAUUGGCAGGGCGAUCAUGGAGAGGCGGCUGGCAGCCAGCGUUAACAUUCUCGCCAGGACCUCCACAAUGUACUAUUGGAAAGGCGAAAUCCAGGAUGCAAGUGAAAUUCUGAUGCUGGUGAAAACAAAGACCUCCAGGAUCCAGCAAGUCAUAGAGUAUGUGAGAAUCAAAGUGAAGUGCGCCGACCGUCAUGAAUCGUUGCAGAAGAUUGCCGUCUUUGAGAUGAGGACGUCUGAAGUGGAGGAGUCGUCUGAACGGCGUGUCGCUCCGUCUGCGAGGUCUGUCCACCCCUACGCAAACCCAGAAGUCCUCAGCUUCCCGGUGGAGGACGGCAAUCUGGCCUACAUGAAGUGGAUGGAUGAAGCCAUUCCAGACGACUGAUCCGCACCAUUAAAAUCAAAGCCAACGUCUGCAAGGACUGCAGCCCAACAAGGACGCCGAGCCGUGCACUCCAGCUGCUUUUUCACAGGGCUUUGGAUCGCAGGGUUCGGAACAAAAGUUCAAUACAUGACAUUUCUACAAUUGUGUCGCUCUGACCUUUACACUGAUGAAGUGUGGGGAUUUUAUUUUAGUCCUUUAAAGAGCUUUAUAUCACAGCCAUAGAUUGGCUUGUGGGUGGAUUAGCAUUGCGUAACAUGACAUCUUAAAUUAAAUAUAACCUGGUCAGUGGUCAGUUUUAAGUCACUGCACAAAAUGUUAAGCUGUAGGUAAUCAGAACAGAACAUCUGCUUUGGGCUCUGAUCUUCUAAAUUAACUCUAACUUAUAAAAUUGACUCAACGCGUCAUAAACUGACCACAGAUAAUCGAUCGUGGCCGGAGACAUACCUGCCAACACGCUAUUUUUAACCCUUUCUCUCCUGCCCUGCUCCCAGUUGGCUUUUUUUUUUAAUCAUAGUGAUGUAGAUGUUUCUCAGUUUCUGUGGGGGAUAUAUGUCAGUACCUGGCAACCCAACCCAGACGCAAAGUUAUGCAUUCCCUCGGUGCUUGCCCCAGCCAGUCUGCUGCUGAGAGUGGACGAAACAGGUCCCAAGUAGAAGAAAUGCACUUCCAAAUUUUGUGAGACUUUCCAGUUUUUUGUUUUGUAAAUUUAAGAUGGUGACUUUUGAUCACACCUUUUUGUACAUUUUGUAAGUUUGUAAAAAAAAAAUAAUAUAUAUAUAUAUUUUUCAAGUCAAGGAGCCAUUUGUCAGUACCCUAGAACAUCUCCCUUGCGGGUCCAUCUUCCAACACAGCCCUUGAUUUUUUUUUUUAUCUUAACGCCUGUAAAGUUUCACGGCUGUGUUGACACAACUUAUCCACAGGCAGAUUGAUAGACACAUAAACUCCGGGCUAAGUACUCAAACCUGUGGCAGUUCCUUCUACAGAAGAUUUCUCUAGAACCACAUUUUUGUCACGCCCUCACAGGACAAAUCAUGGGUGGAGGAAUCACCUCUCUGACUCAUGUAUUCUUUACCUACACCUCAUUUUGCAGUAUUUCUUGCGCAGCUCCUGUGUAGAUAACGCUCUCCUUCAACGGCAGUGAUUUGCAUCUGAUGGCACGUGCUCUCCAGUUCGGCUUUUUCCAAUGAAAUAAUUUAAGAUUACGUAAUUCUAGUAGGCAGUCGUUUCCCUAAAUGUUUCCCUGUCUGUUACUGAGCAACACACUGCCUGCACUGUAACAUUAUUUUACUGUAUUUUGCGUUAUGAAUUUAAAAGAUUAUUUGAAUGUUUUCAAAAACACCAAAGAGAAAAAUGAGAAACGUGAUCAGCGACACUUGGAAGAAACAGGACAUCAAGGCGAUCGACGUACCUGCAGAUCAAUAUGUUAUUGAUCCGUCCGGCUUCAGUAGAUUUCCAUUAUUGUUGCAAAAGACGCUCUUAGCGACACACAGCUGAUUACCUUGUGUAUGAACAAGAGGGAGAGGCAUCGCUCUGCUUAAGCUCAGCUAACUAAUAAAACAUUUACUUCCAUCUUGUAUAACCUGAAGCAAAGCUACGGAGAACUACUGAGGAUAAAUCAGCAAACAAACACAGAACAAAACUCUGAAGCAUUGUACAUCUUGACCCGCUUUCUCUCUUGUAUUCCUAAUGACUUAAAUAUAAAAAAUGUUUUGAUUGUUUUUGUUUGAAUGUCGGAGAACUGAUGCUGAUCAGAGCAGCUCUCCCACCUGGAUAACACCUCCUUGAUCUCCACAGGAGUCGGACUUUAAUUGAAUAAGAAGAAAACAAACUCAUUCUGUUAAUCAGCUCUUGAGAGCACCACGGGUCAGAGUCUCUGGAUUGUUUGCAAUUUUUAUUUUUUUUGCAAUGGGAGAUCCGGUACACGGCUGCAGAGGCAGACUGCGUGAGCUCUGCUGCAUGUAGAUUCUCUGUUAAUUACAUUUCAAAAGGAAACAAAUCUGCCAGUCGCACCGUGCCACGGCUGAGGUUGUGCAGGUCGGUCAUGCGUGCUUUACCUCGUUAAAACAAAAACACACACUGAGCCUCAGUCUGCGGAAAACGUUUCCGGGCACGAGGCCCCUAACAAAGGAAACUGCAGACGUGGUUCAGCCGGGUGUCGUGUCUGUGGAGCCAAAAUAAUCCUCCACACCAGGUCAGGAGAUCAGACCGUUUAGUGGCAGUGAGUGUGUGUUUUUGCAUUUUUCUAUGUGUGUGUGUGUGGUCCUCGCAUCAGUUUGUACAAGCCAUGUUUGAAUAUGACACACAAACUUAAAGGCACGUGUGAGGAAUCGACACUGUAUGAAAUAAAAACUGCAAUUCAUCAUUGCAAAGAAAUGAA